AUGACAAUAGGUGACAAUUUUUCUGAAUCUCUCAUUCACAAAAUAUUUUCCUACCUAAGUUAUGAAGAUGCAGCCAAUUCAAGCCUUUUAUCUAAAACAUGGCUACAAGCAUGGUUGACUCAACCUAGUUUGAAGUUCAAAGUUGAGUAUGGCAAAGGCAAUAAUAAUAGAAAAAUAGUGGACAAAAUUAUGGAGAGAUAUAAGGAAGAAAAAUAUCCUAUAGACAAGUUUGAACUUGAUAUUACGUCUUCUCAUUAUCAUCAUGCUCUUGCUUUUCCUCGAAUUGAUAACUGGCUUGACAUUGCUUUGCAGAGUGGUGUAAAAGAUGUGGUAUGUAAGGUUGAUGUUCCUUCAUACCCUUUCCCUAUUUCCGCAUUCUUGGCAUCAAAAUCUUUAAGAGAAUUGGUUCUAACGGGUUGUGAUAUAAUGAGUCUUUCGUUAUCUAGUGAUCAUCAAUGGAUGAAUUGUCGUUCUUUGAGAAAGCUUUCUUUGAGUAAUGUUCGUUUAGACCACAACGUGCUUCAAACUCUAGUUAAUUGUUGUCCCUUGAUUGUUGAUUUGAUGAUUGAGAAGUGUUCUUUAUUGACAAAGAUUGAGUUGAGGAAUCUUCAAAACAUCAAGUCGGUAAUUUAUAUUUCAUCAACUUGCCAAAUCUCGAGUGUUGAAAUUCAAACACCAACCCUAGAACACUUGUCAAUUUCUAAGAGUAUUAUUGCACUUGAUAUUAUUGAAUGUCAGAAUCUAAAAUCUUUAAAACUAUCACUUAUGUCCAUAUCUCAAGGAUUUCUCGAUCACCUUAUUUCUACAUCCCAAAACCUUGAGAUCUUGAUAUUAGAUUUCGUUUAUGGAGAGUUGCAUGAAAGAUUUAACAUUUGUAAGAGUCAAUCCCUAAAGGUUUUGAGGAUUGAUGGUUGUAAGGACAUAAGGGAGAUUGAUGCUUCGAAUUUGGUAUCAUUUGAUUAUGUGGGAUAUGAAAUUCCUGAGCUUAAAAUUACAAAUGUGUCUAAUCAAUUGAAGAACUCACAAACAUAUCUUAGUUGUUACAAUGAUUCAAGUGAUGAGGAAUGGUUUUGUAAGUUAAGAAAGUUUCUAUCAAACUUGACCUCUUGGUCUCAAGUUUCCCUUCAUAUUGGCAAAUGCAAUGACAUUAACAUGAAAGAUUUGGGAUUGCACCCUAGGGUUACUCAAGUUCUUGUUUUAGAUAUAGAUAUGAGAUAUAAUGAUGUAAGGACGUGCCCUAAUUUUGUGGAUGCUUUGCUAUGGAGUUGUCAUCCCAAGAGACUUAACCUACUCUCUGCGGUUGAAACAAUUACAUGCUUUAUGGACCGUUUAAAGAAUUCGAGUCAAUUAAAAGAAGUAAAAGCUUUCAAGUUUAUUUCGGAAAAUGAGCAUGUGGAAGUCGAUAGAGAAGAUUUGGCAAUGAUGACCCGAACUGAGAUAGAUCGAAUUUUUUUUCUAUUAGAUUGGUGA